UUUUUGAAAAAAAAAAUUGCCAGUUUUCUCUGAUGCUGGUUAGCCGACCAUUGUUGGAAAAAUACAAGUUUUCUUGAAAAUUUCAGCACACCAGGAGCCACGAUUUUACAGGAUGCUUUGGACUGUCAUACCCUGACAAUCCAGUAAGAAAUUGUUUGAUAAUUUGAUCUUUUUUUUCUUUUUUUUUGAUAUUUGCAAAUGUUGUGUCUCCCCUUUAAACAAUUGAAGUUAUAGACACACAAACAAUUGAUUUUGGUGUAAAUAGAUUGCUCAUAUUGAGUUAUACAUGUACAACGGUUGUUUGUUCAGUAUAGUAUUCAAAAAAAUUGAAAAUUUUUGAGAAAAGAGUAUAAAGUGCAAGUACAUUUCACACUUUUUGGGUUCAUAGACAUUUAUUAAGAAGCAUAUACAUGUACACAAGUUAAACUCGGACACGGUAGGUAGGGCAUUUGGUUGGCAUUUAAGUACAUAUCUUCACUUGUACGUGUACUUCAUUUUGUUUUCAUUUUUUGUGUUAAUCAAUAAUUGUUCGUGUUCUUUAUGUUGUAUAUUAUUUUUUUUUAAAUACACAAUUCCUGUUUUUCUUCGCAAGUUUUGUUUCUUUCAAAUUUAUUAAUUCUUUGUUAUUAAAAGCUUUUAGGAGAGGAAAAGAAAAGAAAAUGUACUUAUUCCAUAGCAUUGUCAAUAAAAUGUAUUAGAAUUUCAAUGGAUAUUAUGAAACCAAACUGUUUGAAGGUUACUAUCAUGUGUUGUGCUCGUGUCAAAAAAGUCACAUUGACUAAAUAUUCUGUUGAAUUUAAUUGUACCAUGUAUUUAAAAUCAAAACAAGAAAAGCCACUUUUUAAACGUUGGACAUUAUUUUAUUUUUUUGUUGAGAGACCACAUCUGUGUAAAAAACGUGAUUUUUUUCCCCAUUGCUUUUCUGUACAGUUGUAAGAAUAUAUUAAAAACUUGCUUGAAUAGAAGGCCAUAUUAUACUGUUGUUUGGAAUCUCAUGUGUAUUUUUCCCUUUGUCGUUUGGAAUCAUACCAGCAUGACAAGCCACUUCGUGAAGUACAUUCUCUGUGUUUAAACUGCGCCGAUGCGAACUGAGGUAAACGUCAUAAAAAAAAUAUAGCAUGCAUGGCUUUACAGGAUUCUUGAAAUGUGUUACACUGCCGUGAUUCGAUGCUCGUUGCAUAAAACCACUGAUCCAGAACCAUCACCAGGGAAUUUCUACGACUUCUGCUGGUACUUUUAUUCCGAGACUUCAGUAAAAAUCACAUCAAAGCAGCACUAAACGAAUAGCACUGUCAAUUUUGAAGACGCGCUGUUGAAAAUAAAGACGUCACAUCAUGGAUCGUCUGUAUACUUUUUCCUCGAGAUGUCUAUCUUCCAACCAAUCCAGCAGAUGAUACCAAUCCACUGUUGUCUGUGACAUCACACUUGCGUCAUCAGUGACGUCAGUUCUGAAGUUAUUCUAACAUAUUCCUUCCACUGACAGAGGAGUAGCAGAUUACAGACAUAUAAAGACAGGGCUGGCAGCCAAGAUGUCCUUGGAGGCGGAUUUCCUGGACGCAGUGGAACAGAAUCAAGUGGACGAGGUUAGACGGAUUCUGGGCAGCUAUGGCGGUAUGAUCAACCUUCAAUGCCGAGAUACGGACGGACGGACCCCGCUCAUGAUUGCUAUACAGGAGGGCUAUCUAGAUGUAAUUAAUAUUCUACUGAAGCAUGAUGUGUAUAUCGGUGACGCGUUGCUGAUGGCGGUUGAGGUGCAGUUUGUAGGGGCCGUCAAGGCUCUUUGUCGAUACUCGGAGUCAGAGAAGGUCAAGGAGUUUGGGAAAGAUUUCGUGAACGGUUUUCCGUCCAGUGUGAAUUUUCCGCCGGGUUCUAACCCAUUGCAACUAGCCGCUUUCCUCAACGACUACGCUGUCGUGAAGGUUUUGUUGGACUAUGACGCCCGCAUACCCAGCCUGAAUUCUGUCUUGGCCCGCAUCAAAGACGGUAGCUUCGAGAGAGCCUUAGCUCAGCUCCGCUGGUACCAGGCCAUCACCAGUCAGGCCUACCUGCUGCUGGCUAGCGAGGACCCCAUGGAUGCCGCCUUCUGGCUCGCUGAUAAAUUCCGGUCAUUGUCGACAACCGUCACCCAACUCAAGGAAGAGUACGAUGAGUUAUCCGCCCACCUGGAGCAGUUUGUGACCCGCCUCCUGGGCUUCGCCCGUAAUCUGGACGAGAUUGAGGCCGUCUUGGGAGCUCAGCGAUUCGUCUCGGAACCCAACUCCGAGAUCUUCGCCACGCACGACGUGCUGCCAGUCAGAAUGCAAGAAGCCGUCAAAUUCGGGUUCAAACGGUUUGUAGCCCACUCCACCUGCCAGGACUACAUGCUAUCCCGCUGGUAUAGCGGCUCCGACAAAACAUGGCGUAAGCUCUCCUCGUUCAGAAUGGCUGCCAUUUCCAGCCUCAUCAUGGUCACGUGGCCAUUCCUCAGCCUCUUCUACAUCUUUGCUCCGAGGGGGAAAAUGGUGGACUUCAUCCGUACCCCGUACGUGCGGUUCCUUCUCCACACCGGCUCCCAUCUGACCUUCCUACUCCUUCUCAUCUUCACCUCCGUGACACGUCUUCAUCUCGAAGGCGUCAAGGGCUCGGUAGACGGGUCCACCUUGAUAUCCUACCGCGUGCACGAGGAAGUGCAGCUCAGCCAGGCCGUACCCUGGAUUGUCAUGUUCUGGAUUAUCGGAAUGACUUGGCGAGAGAUCAAAGGUUUAUGGCGCCUUGGUAUCCGCCUCUACGCCAAAAACCCCUGGAACUGGCUGCAUACCAUUCAACUCGUAUUCUACUGGGCUUAUAUCGCUCUCAGCUUCGUCUCCUAUUUUAAGUUGGAUUAUCUAUUUCACGUGCUGGGUUCAAGCAACUACGAUGAUCAUGGCCUGCCUACAGCCGUGCCGUGUGCAUCACUGCAUAAGCUGGCACCAGAUAGCCGCUUGCCGCCAAAUUGUCGCCCCCGCGCCAUGUACAACGACACCAUGGGUGGCCCCAGGACCCCCAGGUCUCCUACCGUCGUGAUAUGGUCCCCUUACGACCCCCUCUUUGUUGCCGAGGCAGCCUUUGCCAUAGGCAACGUGCUGACUCUGCUCAGUCUCCUGAACGCCAUGGUGGCAAUGAGUUUCGUGGGGCCGCUCCAAAUCUCCAUGGGCAGCAUGGCCCGAGACAUCGGUAAGUUUCUGCUGCUCUUCAGCGUCGUCUUGUUGGCUUUCUCGUUGGGCAUGACGCAGAUCUUCAGGACUUAUGAGAUGGUCAGGCAGCAGACUUGCGAGGGAGAGUGUGACCCGCAUGUAUUUGGAAGCUUGUUUCUCACAAUAGGGACCUUGUUCUGGUCUCUCUUUGACCUGAUGGAUCUGGACAAUCUCACUAUGGCCUCCGAUCUCAAGUUCUCCGAGGCUAUUGGCACGGCUCUGUAUGCCGCCUACUCCGUCUUGGGCGUGGUCGUGCUCAUGAACGCCCUCAUCGCUAUGAUGAGUAACACGUACACCCGUGUUGAGGAAAACUCGGACGUGGAAUGGAAGGUUGCCCGCACGCGGUUGAUGACCGAGUACCUGUCAGAGAGCGCUACCAUACCGCCGCCUCUCAACAUCGUGCCGUCUACGAGGAGCACUCGGAGACUGAUCCGUCGUGUGGUCAAAUUUUUCAGAGGCUCGCCUCCUAGACAUCAGAGGAGAGAGGCGGGCAGGAAAUUCCAGCAGGAUGGUUAUAAGCAUAUCGUAAAGAAAUUGGUUCAGCGAUUUCUGUGGCAGGAGAAGAUCAUGCGAUCUCGCGUCAAACACAAGGAUAAGGUCCAGGCGCAGCUGUUACUCCUCAAGGAUGCGGUGGAAAUGGUCAGUUCCCGUUCUUCUGUCUACAAGAAGCGGAGAGUGCAGAACACGUACAGCACAGGUGUCGCAGCCGACCCGUACCUGCGACGGUUCUACAAGCAGAUAUCUAAUAAUGAUCUACUGGAGACGGUGUCUAUUGCUGAGGAUUUGGAGUCGUACAUGUAGCUGCUGCAGGCUACAAUCCCGGCUAAAUCUCGCUGGGCCCCAACCCCCCGGCCCCCGUUCAAUGUUGUCUCUCAUGAGUGGUGUGUACUCCAUCAGCUGGAGAGAACAACAUUGACCGGGGGAGCGGGGGAGUGGGUGACCGUGGGAGGCUAAGGAAGUGUCCCAACCACUUUGGCCGGGAUUGUAGGUGUCUAACAAGCACUGGGAUAGACUUUUAAUUCAAUUUUCAAUUCAAAACUCACAUUUAUUUCCAUACCAAAAUGAGAAGUACAAGCAUAGAAUACACAUAAAUCAAUAGAGUUCGUCAAAAAGUGCACGAAAAAGGCGAAAAUAUAAAUUGGUAUGGAGACAUAUAUAUUCUGGAAGCCUAGGCUUGUUGUGGACUGACAAACACAAAGCAGAAAAAAGUACACACGGGCAGUUGGACCGAGACAGAACCUAAGCAUAAUAUAAUCGAACUA